UUGUAGCCAGUAUUGUUGCAGCACUGGCAGCAGCGAGAGGUCCUCUGGUCACCCACAGCUGAAAAACCACAAGGCCGUGUGAUGCAGUGCUUUCUGUUCAAGCUACGUACCCACCAGUGGUGUUUCCUCCUCUUCAACGUGCUGCUCUUCCACGCCUUGUUGUUUGGGGCCGACUUUGUCGAGGAGUACCUCCUCCAGCCCUCGCCUGCUGUCUACACCGAUGGCACCGUUGUUGAGGUGAGGGAAAGAGCGAGGAAACUGGACCUGAGCAAUGCCAGGGAGAACGUGUCCCAGGUCUACCCCAUCACUAACCCUGAUGCCUGCAGGAUCUCUGACCUCUUCCUCCUCACGCUAGUUUUCAGCUCCCCAGCAAAUGUCACCCAGCGAGAGGCAGUCAGGAGGACGUGGGCCAACCAAACUCUGAUCCAAAACUUUCCCGUGAAGGUGCUGUUCUUCGUAGGAUCUACUCAGACUUCUGAUGCACAGGAGACCAUCAUGAGAGAGUCUGAACACUAUGGGGACAUGGUGCAGGGUCAUGACGUGGCUGAUUCGUCCCUCAGGGGCCCAUCAGAGAGGACGGUGCUGGCACUCCGCUGGGUCAUCACCUUCUGUCCUCUGGCGCGAUUUGUCCUGCUCACCGAGAACUCUGUGUUUGUCAAUCUCCCUGCCAUCGGAGGCUACCUACUCGGGUUGCACAGGCCCCCUGAGGACAUUUACCUAGGUAGGGUGAUCCAGAAAGACCCACCUGACAGAGACCCCAAAAGUCCCGGCUACCUUCCCCUCGUUCUCUACCCUGACAAGUACCUGCAUGAAUACUGUGACGGGACGGCGUAUGUUCUAUCCCAGGAUGUGGUCCGAAAAGUGUACGUAGCCUCUGCGGCGGUUCGAGCUCCUGUGAGAGCUGCUGUGUUUGUGGGCCUUUGUGCUCACAGGGCUGGUGUGGUACCGACCCACUGCGCCAGGUUCUCGGGAGAAAAACACAUCCCUUACAACGCCUGCUGCUACCACUACCUGUUCAGCUCAGCAGGGAUGGGGAAUCGUGAGCUGGAGAGAGUUUGGGCAGACCUGGGAGAGAAAGGCGGAAGAUGCACACUGUUCCAGACCUACUAUGGCUUGGUGAAAUGCAAGGCCCUUGCAUACCUGGAUAAACUGUCCUAAUUACAUGGCGUGUGCUUGUGGGUGAGAUGUAGACAGAGACAGACAGGAAGUGGGGUUGGAAGAAAUAAAAAGGGUGCGCAAAGUUGUUGUCCUUGUACAUAAGUGGGUGGCCAGUAUUUGCUUUAAUUGCUUUAAGUAUUGGUGUGGCAGCACUGAUCACUAUAAUAAGAAAAUGAAACAUUUAGCCUUUUACAGAGGGAAUUAUAAAAGCGAUAAAAAUAAAAUCCAGUUGUUAUGGUUAUUUCCUGAUGAUUGAUUGAUGGAUGGAUGGAGAGAGAGCUAAUCAA